AUAGUUAUACUAUCAUAAAAAUUCCAAGAUUAGUGUUAAAAUGUUAAGAAAAAAAAUGCUUAGCCUAAUAUGUAUUAUAGAAUCUCAAAAAUAUAUUCUUGACGAUUAAUUUUGAUAUUGACAAGAACAUUAUCCCAGAUGUUUGACGAAUUAUUUGUUUUGUAAAAUGAUAAUGCAAACUCCAAUUUCCCUAAUAAAUAUAAGUAAAUAAUAGUUUAAGAAAAAUGUAAUAAUUGUUAUGAUAUUAUUUUGACUACUGACCUUAAAAAUAUUUUAUUUAUAAAUUAUAUUUUUGUCAAAAUUAUCUUUCAACGUAUAAUCGCGGGAAAUUGCAAAAAAAUAGUUCAAUAGUCAUCGAUUAGUAUUGUAUCCAUGGCAUUUUUCAUUGAUGUGGAAAUCCCAAAUAAUAAUUGUGUAAUACUCUUUUAUAUUUAAUAUUAAACCAAAGUAAAAAUGUGUGCAUGUGUGUAAAUGUUUGUGUAUCAAAAAAUAUAUAUAUAUAUUUGGGCCAAGUAUUAGAUUGUAUCUAAUUUUCGAAAUGGAGCAAAUUGUAAAAUUGUUUGUUCAUCAAAGCUAUGUAAUAGAAGAAGAUUUGGUGGUUGACUACUGUUUUGAAAAAGAGAUACAAAACUGUAUUACUUCCAAGGACUGGAUCGCUCUUAUUCCAAAAGGAUGGAUGGGUGUUGAUAGUCAGGUUGCUUUUAAACAUGUCACCAUUGGUGGGAAUGAAAUUGAUCAACCCAUAAAGUUUAUUGUAAUGGAGAAAAGUUGCUUUCAAAAUGUCGUUGAGUGUGGUAAACAAUACCAACUUAUGUAUAUAGAUCAAUAUUUAGAGAUUUUAGGUCGCAGUGAUUAUUUUACGUUUUUUCAUCAAAAUAAUGUUUGCCAUUGCAUAUCAUCAUCAGAAAAGUCUAUUAUUAAAGAUCAAUAUGAUAAAAAAAUGUCUAUGACGUUUAGACGUAGAUCUAUUCAAAGAUUGCCCCAGCCACUCUGUAAAUUUGAUAAUAAUGGUUCAAAAUCACAAACCAGUUUUGCUGUAAAAAAUGAAGUACCAAAAGUAAAACAAUGGUCAUCAAGUGUGUGCACUAAAUGUAAAGCACCAAAUAAUUACAUUACGUUAGAGAGCACAUACCUAACUACAAUUCAAGAUUUAGCAGCAGAGAAUGAGGUGAUUGAACAGCGCUUAUUGAAAGUUGAAAAAGAUUUGGCGCAUACGUUAGCUGUAGUUAACAAACAAUUAAAUUUAAACAAAGUAUUUUCUUCUCAAGAAGAAAGCAUUAAAAAAAUUAUUGAUAAUUUGGUUGAAGGACUAAUUAAACAAGGUCGUACAACAUUUUGGUCCCAUGGGCAAGAGUUUACUGUUGCCAGAGAAUUUCUAGAUCCUAGUUUGGAAAUUGAAAAUAAAUCAAAUGCUGCUGUUGCUGAGCCACAAAAAUAUUCUAGAGAAGCAUAUCUAAAAGCUAUAAUUGGACAGCAAGAACAAAGCAUUCAGCAUUUGGUCAACAAAAUUAAGGAUUCUUUUGAUUUAUUCCUGAAGCUGAACUCUACGUCUACUGAACACGAUUUACCUGUGUCAGAAACUUCAGAGACAAAAUUAAGUAAUAUAGGCUAUAUGGAUAGUUCUGGAACGACUUAUUUUACUCCGCCUUAUAUUCAUAACAUUGACAAUAUAAACAAUUCAUUUAAUUUAUGCGUUAAUAAAAAUUUAGAAUUAGCCAAAACUGAAUUUGAACAACAUAAAAUUUCGAACACUCAACAAACAUCGAUAAUUGAAGUACAGAAAGACAAAAAAACAUCUAAAGAAAUUUAACAUAAUACAUUUCCCAAUGUGACUAUUUGUCAAAAUAAUCUAAAUAUGUUUCACUGAGUAAUUUUUACAAUGAAAAUAAAGAAAAGAAAUUGUUAAAUUAUUUGAGUAUAGAGAACCACAUUUAAAAAUUGUUACAAAAAUAACAUUGAGAUGCAUUUAUUAUUUUUGAAGCUUGCUUUUUGAAGAUUUUCACGACUUCUUUGGUAAUGGAU